GUUCAUACACUACCUAAAUAAAUUAUUACGAAGAAAAUUUUUAAAGUAAAGCAAUUAAGAAAAUCAUUGAAAUGGAAGAAGCAGACAACAAUAAUGAAGAGAAGAGAACUAAGUCUCGCAGUCCCUCGCCAGAGAUCAAAUCAACAGCAGUGGUGAAGUACACUGCAUUCCAGAGUCCAGUGGGGUAUGCUCGUCUACAGUGUAACACCGAUCUCAACAUGCCACCGUCUAACUGGGGAGCAGCCAUCGACUCCUACGGACUUAAGCAGAUCUUGACUAGAGGCACAGGGCUAUCCAGUUUUCGAAUGGCUCACAUGUUCCCGGACUGUGUGGGUGAGGUCGAUGUCAUAUCUGGUGCUGAAUGUAUCAAGAAAUUGCUCAAGUUACCUUAUCAACCCAAUGGCACUGUUAGUAUGAUGGUGCACCGAGUCGAGAAUACCCUGCUACUGGACGAUUUCGACGUUUACGACUACCUGAUGAAGUCGGAGUGGUCCUGGCUGAAGGAUUUCUUUUACGAGAACAUAUUAAAGACUAUGUCUGAACAGGAGCGCACGUUGCUCCGCCUGGGCCCGGCGAGCAGCGCGCUGACCCACAAGUUCCUGUCGCACAGCGUGGCCGAGCCCCCCGCCGCGCCGCCCCCGCUGCCCCCCGCGCCCGCCUGCAUCACCGGUCCGUUUCUCCCGGAGCCGGAGACCAGGCAGGAAGAGCCCCCUAACGUCCACCUGUACAACAGAAACGUUCUAUGGACUUUCGAGGACAUCCACAUGCUGAUCGGCAGCGACCUCCCGAUCUUCGGCGACAAGGACCGGCCCUGCGUCAGUCUCCGGCUGCGCGACGCCAGGGAACCCAUCAACGUGCUAACCGGGAUCGACUACUGGCUGGACAACCUGAUGUGCAACGUGCCUGAGGUGCUGAUGUGCUACCACUUAGAUGGUAUAGUCCAGAAAUACGAGCCGAUGAAGACCGAGGACCUGCCCAACAUGGAGGAUUCAAGAUUUUCGCCGAAAGUCAUAAGGAACGUUGCCCAGAACAUACUUUCGUUUUUGAAGUCGAACGCUACGAAAGCGGGUCACACGUACUGGCUCUUCAAAGGGCCUCACGACGACGUGGUCAAGCUGUACGACCUCACGUCGCUGUGCCCCGACACGCUGGACAACCCCUUCACGACGCCCGUGGCCAUGCUGCUGUACCGGGUCGCCAGGAAUAUGAGGCUGACGAACCGCACGAAGCACGUGCGCCAGCUGCUUGAGCACGUGGUGGAGCUGCUGAAGGUGGAGAGGUACCCGCAGAUAGUGGCCUCCUCGCACUACAUGCUGUCCGACCUGUACGUGCCCGCCACCACCAACCCGGCCUGCCCAGACUUCAAAGAUGAAAACUCCGACUCCGACAACGAAGAUGCCGAUUUCAUGAGCCCGGAGUAUUCCGAUAGGGGACAGAUGUACGAAAACUUAUCCACUGAUAAACCUGCCGAGGAGAAAGAGAUACAAGAUAAGAACGACAAUGAGUGCGAGAAAGAAGAAGCGAUAGAGAAGGCUCUCGCCGUGCAGAUCAGGGGACUGGAGCUUAGAGAUAUCGGGGAUCGCGUGAGGAACAGCAUCGGGGAGGAGAAAGGCAAGGCGUCGGGCUCCAGCGGUCUGGGAGUGGCCGUGCCUGCGCGCUGCGGCCGGGCGCUCCUGCACGCGCUGCGGGGGCUUCUAGCUCUGCACAACGUCACCAUCGACAAGUGCAAGCAGGAGGAGAGGGAGCGACUCAAGCAGCAGAUCAUCGUCGAAGAACAACACCCCAAAAUGGCGAACCCAUACGAACCGAUCAAAAUGAACUACGAGCCAAUCAAUAAAGAGCUCAAAGAACGCUCCCGGGGCCGGAGACGUAAACGAGACCGAAAGAACAGCGAGAAGACCAAUAAGUUGAGCGAAAAGCCGCCCGAUACGAGUGGCUCGUUAGUGGAAACGAAACCCAUAGACAAGAACGCCAUUUUGAUUCGGAAGGAGAAGAAAGUGUUUCCGUCGUGGCACGAACCGAACAGGGACGACAACUUUGCUUGGAAGCUACAUCUGAAAACGUUGCUGUAUGAGAAGAUAUGCUUAGCGUGCGCCACCCUCGCUGAGUACAGCUACGUCAACGAGCAGUACGGCUUCUCCUUAAAGUACAUCGAUAUAGCAUCCAAGUGCCAGAAGCUGCUGAGCAACAUGAUCAUCAAGAGUAAAGUGGUGGACGCCAGCUGCCUCCUGGGCAGGGUGGGCGAUAAUUAUUUUCAGCUGAGCAAGCACUGGGGGAGUCUGGACACGUACAGGAAGCAAUUCGAGACGGACCACGACACGGACAGCGGGCUGAAGGCGGAGAUCGAGAGCGACAUGACCGAGGAGGUCGAGGGUGUCGCUUCGGAUGACUUUGACCUAGAUAUAAGCUUACCGACAAGUGAGACCUCGGCGAUGAUUAUGUCGUGUGACUACUACAGGCGCGCCGUGAGGGUCACUCACGACAAGAGGGAUGAGCUGCUGAGGAGGCUGGCCUCGGUCCUCAACGAGCUCGCCGUCAGAUACAUGAACGACGCCCAGCAAAUUUACAUGAAAUACGCCGAGGAAACGGAUCAAAAAGCGCCCAAAGCUAAGCUACUGUACAAGCAGUUCCAGACCAUGUCCAAGAAAUCAUUGGAGUGUCUGAACGAAGCCACCGAGACGUUCCGAAUGGUCAAUGACAUACCCAAUCUGGCGCUGUUGUACUGCAACAAGGGGAGGUACCUCAGGUUCAAGGCGCAUUGCGACCAAGGGGGUUUCAAUGCAGAGAAGCGCAGCCUGUACAGCCAGGCCGAGGAGUUGUACCAGUCGGCGCUGCGGCUGCUGGGUCCGCGCGAGGCGUGCGCGUGGGGCAGCGUGUGGGAGCUGGUGUGCUGGGAGCUGUCCUGCCACCUGUACACGCGCGCCGUGCUCAUGCAGGACCAGCCCGGCCUGUACGCGCUGGAAGUUCCCGAGGUGUCGGAGGCGUUCAAGCACGCGCUGAAGUACUGCCCCACGAGCCCCGGGCCGCGCCAGUACCUGUACCAGUUCCGCGCCGCCAUGAUCUACCACAAGCUGGGCUCCCUCUACCACGCGCAGUACAGACUGACGUCAGAGGACGGUCCCCGACGGCGCACCCUCGUGACCAGCACGAGCUCGUACUACGCGCAGGCCGCCAACAUGUUCGCUGCGCUUGAGGACGCCGCCAUGUUCCUCACCGUGCAGUGUGAGCACGUCGCGCUCAUGGAGACUCAAGCCGCAGUGUCGCCGAGCUUGAAGCUGAAGUCUAUCCAGACGGCCAUACAGCUGCUGCGUCAGUGCCAGUCCGUGAUGCGGCUGCUGAGGGACCGCGCCCCGGAGGAGCAGCCCCCUCAGCGACCCGAGGAGGGCGAGGAGCGCGCCACCAGCUCCGAGCGCAGCCUCCUGGCGCUGUACGAGAGCCGCCUGCACCACGCGCUGCGGAGCGCCAUCCAGUACUGCCGCGCCAAGGCCAACAGGGACUACGAGAGGCUCGCCCACAUGUACAAGAGCCUCUACAGCGCCAGUCUCAAGAUACAGAGGAGCGACGACGUCAAGGCCUUCGCGGCCAGCAUAUGCGACGUCUUGAUGUCCAUGGACAGCAUAUGUAAAGAAUACGAAUAACGUAAUUUAUCACAAUGGAGGGCACAAUGCCCACAUGCCUCAAAGUGUCUCAAGACAAAACCGUUUUAUGUUGCUUAGUAGAUUACGUACCGGAAGAAACAGAGUAUGCUCUAUGACCCGUGUUGGCUGGCGACAUAGCCUAUCAUCAGUAAACCGCGUUUUAAGUUACAUAUAUUUACUAAAAAAAAUCGAGUCGAUUCAACAACACGAGAGCUUUGACAAUGGAGAAUGGUCUAUAAUAACGACGGAUGGAAUCGGAAAUGUCGUAACUUACAUUUUGGGUUAAACGACUUUUUAUCUUAUUAUAUUAUAUUUAAGGUUCUAGUGUCAAGUUGAGUUUUUUAAGUUACGACAAUUGCGCUUUCUUCCUUCAAUAUAUAAAUAUGUACUUACAUAUGAAAACACAAAGACCCAUUUACCGGUAUGUUUGUUGGCGCUUUUCCUCAUUUUCUUCGCAUUCUUCAUUCCUAUCGCUGAGUCUGUGUGAGCUAUUGGAAAGUCCGUUUUUAUAUUUUCAAAUAAUUUAAUAGCAAAACAAAAGAGAAAAUGGAAUACAUAAAAUGAAUCCAAGGCUUGAGGUGUUAGCGAUUGCGAAUCAAUAUUGAUUACCGGACGGACGUUAGUUUAAUUAACUAUUGAUUAAACUUUUAAUAAGAACCAAAGCCCGCAAUCGAAAUCGAAUUGACUCGCCGGGGCGUUGACCUCGCGCGUCAGCUGAACUGCGUUAAAUGAUUAUGAAAAAUCGUAUUGUGUAUGUCUCGUUUUUGUCGAUGUUCCAAACAAUAAUUAAUUAAUCGAAUAGAUAUGUGUGAGUGGAGAAAUCUGCUCUUAAAUUUCGGAAUAGGUCCAUAGAGGCAGCGUAAUUACUAAUAUUACUAUAUCCAUUUAUGUUUUAAUUACACUACAACCCAGUAUCGAUUAACUGAACAUGAAUGAUAGUUAUUGUCUCUUGAGAACACAUCUUAGAAACUUUAUUCUCUUCGAUGGGUAUAUCGAUAAUAUCGUAUCAGGUCUCGGAAAUACUAUCUAUUCUAAUAUCCGUGAACGAAUCUAAUACUUGCUCUAAACAGUAGCUAUUCCCCUUUGGAACUCAUCUUAGAAACUUUACGGAUGUAUCCAAUAAUAUCGUAUCAGUUCUCGGAAAUACUACCUAUUCUAGUAUCCGUGAACGAAUCUAAUACUUGCUCUAAACAGUAGCUAUUCCCCUUUGGAACUCAUCUUAGAACUUUACGGAUGUAUCCGAUAAUAUCGUAUCAGUUCUCGGAAAUACUACCUAUUCUAGUAUCUGUGAACGAAUCUAAUACUUGCUCUAAACAGUAGCUAUUCCCCUUUAGAACUCAUCUUAGAACUUUACGGAUGUAUCUGAUAAUAUCGUAUCAGUUCUCGGAAAUACUACCUAUUCUAGUAUCUGUGAACGAAUCUAAUACUUGCUCUAAACAGUAGCUAUUCCCCUUUAGAACUCAUCUUAGAACUUUACGGAUGUAUCCGAUAAUAUCGUAUCAGUUCUCGGAAAUACUACCUGUUCUAGUAUCCGUGAACGAAUCUAAUACUUGCUCUAAACAGUAGCUAUUCCCCUUUAGAACUCAUCUUAGAACUUUACGGAUGUAUCCGAUAAUAUCGUAUCAGUUCUCGGAAAUACUACCUGUUCUAGUAUCCGUGAACGAAUCUAAUACUUGCUCUAAACAGUAGCUAUUCUCAAAAUUUUCGAAUCGAUUUUUAGUUUAUUUACUGGUGAUGGGGUAUUCUUCCCUCGUACCGUCAAGUCGGUUAGGAGGUUGAGGGUAUGGUCGCUGUGUUAUUUUGACUUGGAUAGCGAGGAAACUAAUAUGUAUUUUAAAAAUAAUCGUAUAGCAAAUUACUAACAGGUAUUUGCUUGUUACUUGCGAGAAGCCGAACGUGACAAGGUCGUCAAAAACAUUGUUAUUGACAUGAUUAAUGUGCAGUAAAUUAAUCAAAUAGACUAGUUUUAUGAUCUGUGUGUCCGAAGACUGUUAAUGUAGUUAAUGUGUUAAUAUAGUUGUAAGUUUUGUAGUUAUGUGAUAAAAUAUAUUUU